AUGAAAGCUGACGAGAAUCUGCCUCCAGGACGGAGGAAAGAUGAAGACACACUUUUUGACAUGGAUCUUCUUGACGAUACAACCGUUAGGAACGAUCCUCUACAGGGCCAUUACAAUAUAAGAGACGAACAAAGGGAUUCGACACAUGUAUUUCCAGAGGAAGUUAUAGACUUAAAUGAUAAUAUUGAGAAUGAUGAAAAUCCGUUUGAGUCACAAGCUUCUAAUGAAUGGGAACACGGCAGAUUCGAUAACUACAAUCCAGAGUUUAUGGGCUCAACCAGGCCCACAGGUUUCUUCUCCAGACUUUUUGGGAGGGGCCAAAAGUCAGUAUCCCAAAAUUAUGAGAUGAACCAAUAUAAUGCAGUGACAACAUCUGAACACAAUGACAGUUACAUGGAUUCCAGAAAUCAAUUCAACAUGAAAGUGUUAUUCAAUCGUUACAUAUUGAGGAAAAAGAGCAGCUCCACAGAGGCUUAUGGUCCCAGGAUGAUUCAUAUUAUUGAUAGAGCAGCAAAUGAUACAAUGGGCUACGUUGGCAAUUAUGUCUCUACAACAAAGUAUAACUUUGCGACCUUUUUACCAAAAUUUUUAUUCCAAGAAUUUUCAAAAUAUGCCAAUCUGUUCUUUUUAUGUACUGCAAUCAUUCAACAAGUUCCUCAUGUAUCUCCCACAAAUAGGUACACGACUAUAGGUACACUUUUAGUGGUCCUAAUUGUUUCCGCUAUGAAAGAAAUUAUCGAGGAUGUGAAGAGAGCCAAUUCAGACAAAGAAUUAAACAAUUCUAAAUCUCAGAUCUUUUCAAAAGAUUUUGGUGGCUUUGUAGAGAAAAGAUGGGUUGAUAUUAAAGUUGGGGAUAUAAUCAAAGUGUCAUCUGAAGAGUCCAUUCCAGCUGAUAUAAUUGUUCUAUCAUCUUCGGAACCGGAAGGCUUGUGUUAUAUCGAAACUGCUAAUCUUGAUGGUGAGACAAAUCUGAAAAUUAAACAGUCAAGAGUAGAAACCUCCAAAUUUAUUGAUGCGCAAAAAAUUGGUACAAUUCAUGGUCAAGUAAGCUCUGAACAACCAAAUUCUAGUUUAUACACAUACGAGGGUACAAUGAAAUUCAAUGGAACUACUAUUCCGCUUUCUCCUGAACAAAUGAUUCUAAGAGGUGCUACAUUAAGAAAUACAGCUUGGAUCUUUGGUUUAGUCAUCUUUACAGGUCAUGAAACCAAGCUAAUGCGUAAUGCUACUGCUACACCAAUCAAGAGAACUGCUGUUGAAAGAGUCAUUAACAAGCAAAUUAUAGCUUUAUUUGGUGUAUUAGUCGUUUUAAUUUUAAUAUCAUCCGUCGGUAACGUUAUUAUUAGUACUGCUGGCUCCAAACAUCUAUCAUAUUUAUAUUUGGAAGGUACUAACAAGGUCGGUUUAUUUUUUAGAGAUUUUUUAACAUUUUGGAUUUUAUUCUCAAAUCUAGUACCGAUAUCCUUAUUCGUCACCGUUGAGUUAAUCAAAUAUUAUCAAGCGUACAUGAUAAGUUCAGAUUUAGAUUUAUACCAUGAACAAUCUGAUACAGCAACUGUUGUUCGUACUUCCUCUUUAGUAGAAGAAUUGGGUCAGAUUGAAUAUAUCUUUAGUGAUAAAACAGGUACUUUGACAAGAAAUGUAAUGGAAUUUAAAUCAUGCUCCAUUGCCGGCCGUUGCUACAUAGAAACUAUCCCCGAAGAUAAAGCCGCAUACAUGGAAGAUGGUAUAGAAGUUGGUUAUAGAAAAUUUGAUGAAUUAAAAGAAAAGCUACAUGACGCUACCGAUGAAGAAUCUAGUAUAGUUGAUAGCUUUUUGACUUUAUUAGCCACAUGUCAUACCGUCAUUCCAGAGUUUCAGGCGGAUGGAUCCAUCAAAUAUCAGGCAGCUUCUCCAGAUGAAGGUGCUUUGGUUGAAGGUGGCGCUCAACUUGGCUACAAAUUUAUUAUCAGAAAACCAAACUCAGUAACUGUGCUUUUGGAAGAAUCCGACGAAGAAAAAGAGUACGAACUUUUGAACAUUUGCGAGUUUAACUCAACGAGGAAAAGAAUGAGUGCACUAUUUAGGUUUCCAGAUGGGUCAAUCAAAUUGUUUUGUAAAGGGGCUGACAGUGUUAUCUUAGAAAGAUUAGAUGGCAAUAACAACAUGUAUGUGGAUGCAACUUUGAGGCACUUGGAAGAUUAUGCUUCAGAAGGACUGCGUACUUUAUGCUUGGCAAUCAGAGAUGUACCAGAAGAGGAAUAUCAGAAAUGGAGCAAAAUUUACGAAGCAGCUGCAACAACACUGGAUAAUAGAGCCGAAAAACUGGAUGAAGCGGCAGAGCUCAUCGAGCGAAAUUUGGUGCUUAUGGGAGCCACUGCCAUUGAAGAUAAACUGCAAGACGAAGUACCAGAGACUAUACAAACAUUACAAGAAGCUGGUAUCAAAAUAUGGGUUUUGACGGGUGAUAAACAAGAAACAGCCAUUAACAUUGGUAUGAGUUGUCGUUUAUUAGCAGAGGAUAUGAAUCUAUUAAUUAUUAAUGAGGAGACCAAAGAAGACACAAGAAAAAAUAUGAUUGAAAAAUUAAAUGCUCUACAUGAGCACAAAUUAUCUCCUCAAGAGUUGAAUACAUUAGCUCUCGUCAUCGAUGGGAAAUCUUUAGGGUAUGCUUUAGAACCAGAUCUUGAAGACUUCUUUUUGACUAUAGGUAAAUUGUGUAAGGCUGUCAUUUGCUGUAGAGUUUCUCCACUUCAGAAAGCAUUGGUUGUAAAGAUGGUCAAGAAAAAAACAGACUCUCUACUUCUUGCAAUUGGUGAUGGAGCAAACGAUGUUAGUAUGAUUCAAGCUGCUCAUGUAGGUAUUGGUAUUAGUGGUAUGGAGGGUAUGCAAGCGGCACGGUCUGCAGAUGUUGCUAUUGGUCAAUUCAAAUUUUUGAAAAAAUUACUAAUUGUUCAUGGAGCUUGGUCCUACCAAAGAAUUUCUGUUGCAAUUCUAUACUCUUUCUACAAAAAUACGGCGCUAUACAUGACCCAAUUCUGGUAUGUUUUUUCAAAUGCUUAUUCAGGUCAAUCGAUUAUUGAAUCGUGGACAUUGAGUUUCUAUAAUGUGUUUUUCACAGCUUUACCUCCUAUCGUAAUCGGUGUCUUUGAUCAGUUUAUUAGUAGCCGUUUACUUGAACGCUAUCCACAACUUUAUAGAUUAGGUCAGAAAGGACAGUUCUUCUCAGUAAAAAUUUUCUGGGGUUGGAUUGCAAAUGGUUUUUAUCAUUCUAUAAUCAUUUAUGUCGGCGUUGUGUUCUUUUAUAGAUACGGUAGCGCCUUGAAUAUGAAUGGUGAAGUUGCUGAUCAUUGGACUUGGGGCACAACUGUUUACACAACGAGUAUAUUGGUAGUAUUGGGAAAAGCUGCGCUAGUUACAAACCAAUGGACGAAAUUUACUUUGGUUGCUAUUCCAGGUUCCUUUGUUUUUUGGCUAGUUUUCUUCCCAAUCUAUGGAAGUAUAUUCCCUUAUGUCAACAUUUCCAGAGAGUACUUCGGUGUUGUCUCUCAUACGUACGGAUCUGGUGUGUUUUGGUUAACCCUGAUUGUUUUGCCUGUAUUAGCGCUUUUAAGAGAUUUCUUAUGGAAAUACUAUAGAAGAAUGUAUCAACCCGAAACAUACCAUCUUGUUCAAGAAAUGCAGAAGUAUAACAUCACUGAUUAUAGACCUCAUUUACUUCAUUUCCAAGAUGCCAUCCGAAAGGUUAGACAAGUCCAAAGGAUGAAAAAGCAAAGAGGGUUUGCCUUUUCACAAAGUGAAGAAGGUGGCCAAGAGAAGAUAAUAAGAAUGUAUGAUACUACCCAAAAGAGAGGGAAAUAUGGUGAGCUUCACGAUGCUUCUGGUGACCCAUUUAGUGACAGAAAUGCUUUUGAAAAUCAUCUAGGUACAACAACAGAAAGCAUUGAUCUUUUGGAACCAGACAAUCCUUUUGCAGAGGAUAGGGACGGCUCCACUGAUCUAGACAAUAUGUCAUUCGAAUUAUAA